AUGCCAAAAGUAAGACUCUUGGUCCUUUUCGGAUGGCUCGGUGUCGCCAUCUACAGCGCCGUGGCGCAGAUGACUGAGUUGGAUCGGGAAAACUGGCACAAAGCCGUCAAGGUGUACUUUGACUUGUACCCGAAGAAGCAAGUUCGAUCCUAUCGCACAAACCUUGGCUCAUACGAGACGAUCAAAAGUCUCGAGCUGCUCGCACUCGUGCAUGCUCACUCGACUGGGGUUAUUCCAAUCAGUAAAUAUGCCCUAAAGCCUGCUUCCGUCGAAAAUGCGCCGACCAAGUCGCUAGUUUAUUUCACUAGUGUUAUCAAGCCAGGCGACAUGCUGCACGACAAGAUGUCGCUGCAAGGCAAGACUGCCUUUGCUUUCUGGAAGCAUCAAGGCCACCAGUUUCGCUUGCUCCACAUUGAUACACUCGACGCAGCUCAUGUCACCUGGCCCAUCCAGUCUCUCGGCGAGGUCCUUCGAGGCUGA